CGGCCAAGAAGAUAACUGUUACUCCAAGAUCCAGAUGCAGAGUAUACAAGACUAAUAACGUUGCUUCGUACGAUUACUUGAGGACCUUCAUUAACAUGAGGAUUUUGAUUUGUUUCCCAACUAUACGAAGGACGUGAUAUUUCAACUCGCUGACUAUCUAUAGUCCAUGGGUUCAACAUAUGAGCAAUAUACAAAAUUUGACGAACAUUCGUGUUGCCCUCCCAGCCGGACCAAAGAAAAUACAUUUGGCCCUUGUUUUCAAGUACAGUUCCAUCUGGUGAACCUAAUCGUGAUCGGUAUGAAGCCGAGGCUGCCGUUUUAAAGAAUGGACCGUAUUCACGCUCGGAAGUAUCUGCGUCAAAUGGACUAAAAGUAGGGCAUAUUGAUAAUAGUGACAGUUCAGUAGAAUUUUCCGUUCAAUGUUCGAAAGCAGGCUGGUAUAUCGUGAUAGUGCGAACCGGAAAUGGAUCAAGUGGUAAUGCUUUAGCGAGUCAUAAAUUAUCAGUGAAUAAUGGAGGAACGAGUGAAGUAUUUACUGUUUACUCGGGAUGGAAUAAUUGGGGAUCAUUGACCCUAAGAUUGAAGUUGAAUGCAGGAACAAACACAUUGAAAGUUACAAAGGGACAAAAUUUCGCUGAAAUUGAUUGCCUCGAUGUGUUUAUCGAUCAGUAA